AAUCUCCACAACAAACGCUGCUACGCUACACAUUUUCUACAAUUGUUUCUGGACCACUCGAUGCAUUUUGAGGCAGCUGAAGGUGGGAAUUUAAUGAGAACCAGAUAUGUGAGAGGGGAACUGACGGGAAGACGGAGAGAGGCUGUGCAUGCAUAAGGGGGUGUGGACAGCAACAUGCCGGAGGGGAUCAGCAGCAAGGUGUGUGUGCAUGUGUGUGUGUGCGUGUGUGUGUGCACAUGUUUGGGACAGUAAGUCUCUCAUUCAGUCAGUCAGUCAGUCGGACUGCUGCUGCCUCGCCAUGGCUGUUCUCUCCACAGAUGUCCUCCACUGGCAUGCCCGCAUCGAGGAGCUGGAGGAGGAGCUGGAAGCAGAACGGGCCAUGAGAGCGAAGGUGGAGAAGCAGAGAGCCGACCUCACCAGAGAACUCGAUGAACUCACCGACCGGCUGGAGGAGGCAGGAGGCGUCACGGCUUCACAGAUGGAGGCGAACAAGAAGCGGGAGGCUGAACUCCAGCGUCUGAGGAGAGAGCUGGACGAGUCGUCGCUCCAGUCCGAGGCGCUGGCCGCGUCCCUGCGGAAGCGGCACGGCGAGGCCGUGGCGGAGCUGAGCGAGCAGUGCGAGGCUCUGCAGCGGACCAGAGCCAAGCUGGAGAAGGACAAACAGAACCUGAGGAUGGAGGUGGACGACCUGGCCGCGUCGGUGGACAGCCUGCAGAAAGCCAAGAUGUCGUCAGACGGCCAGGUGAAGAAGCUGGAGGAGCAGCUGUCUGAGGCCAACAAGAGAGGAGACGAGCUGCAGAGGACGCUGUCCGAGCUCAGUGUGGCCAAGAACAGGCUGUCAGCCGAUAACGUCGACGUAAGCCGACAAGUGGAGGAGGCGGAGAGCAGGGCGAGUCAGCUGACCCGCUGCAAGUCUCUGCUCCAGUCGCAGCUGGAGGAGCUGAAGAAGCAGCUGGACGAGGAGGUCAAGUCUAAGCAGGUGGUCGGCGGCAGCCUGAGCUCGGCGCGGCAGGAGUGCGAGGUGCUGAGGGAGCAGCUGGAGGAGGAGCAGGAGAGCAAGCAGGAGAUGCAGCGCCUUGUCUCCAAGCUCAACGGCGAGCUGACGCACUGGAGGACCAAGCACGAGGCCGACGCCAUCCAGCACGCCGACGAGCUGGAGGAGACCAAGAAGAAGCUCGCAGCCAGGCUUCAGGAGGCCGAGGAAGUGGUGGAGGCCACCCAGGCGAAAUGCUCCUCACUAGAAAAGACUAAGCAGAGGCUGCAGGGAGAGGUGGAGGAGCUCUGCAUGGACCUGGAGAAGGCCAGCAGCUGCGGUCAGGCGCUGGACAAGAAGCAGCGUGUCCUGGAGAAGCAGCUCGGCGACUGGAAGCAGAAGUGUGAGGAGCUGGUGGCUGAGGUGGAGGGCUGCCAGAAGGAGAGCAGGCAGCACGCCGCCGAGCUCUUCAAGGUCAAGACGGCUCACGAAGAAUGUCUGGAGCAGCUGGAGGCUGUACGCAGGGAGAACAAGGCCUUCCAGGAGGAGAUAGCUGACCUAACAGACCAGCUGUCAGAUGGAGGUAAGAGUGUCCAUGAGCUCCAGAAAUCCAAGAAGAAGAUUGAGAUGGAGAAAGAAGAGCUGCAGGCCUCGCUCGAGGAAUUGGAGGCAGCUUUGGAGGCGGAGGAGACCAAGGUGUUGAGGCUUCAGUUGGAGUUGUCCCAGGCUAAAGGAGACUUGGAGCGCCGACUGCAGGAGAAGGAGGAGGAGGCUGAAGCGGCGAGAAAAAGCCACCAGAGGGCGCUGGAGUCCCUGCAGGCCAGUCUGGACGUGGAGGUGAAGGGCAGAACGGAGGCGCUGAAGCUGAGGAAGAAACUGGAGGCGGACAUAAACGAGCUGGAGGUGCAGCUGGACCUGCUCACCAAGAGCAACGCGGAGCUCAACAAGAACAGCAAGAAGAUGCAGCAGCAGAUCAAGGAGCUGCAGGCUCAGCUGGAGGAGGAAGUGCGGAGCCAUGAGGAGCAGCGGGAGGAGCAGGCGGCCCUGGAGCGCCGCUGCGCCCUGCUGGUCAGCGAAGGCGAGGAGACGCGCGCGGCCCUGGAGAGCGCCGACAGGGCCCGGAAAGUCCUGGAGACGGAGCUGCAGGAGGCCAACGAGAAGCACAGCGACCUCAGCGGACAGUUUCAGUCCGCUCUGACAGGGCGGAGGAAGCUGGAGGUGGACCUGCAGGCUCUGCAGCAGGAACACGAGGAGCUGCAGACGGAGAUGAGAGGCUGCGCCGACAAGGUCAAGAAGGCCGGCUGCGAGCUGGCGCGAGUCGGAGAGGAGCUGCGGCUGGAGCAGGAGCACACGCUUCAUCUGGAGAGGGUGAAGAAAAGUCUGGAAGGCCAGCUGAAAGACAUGAGCGGCAGGCUGGACGAGGCCGAGCAGAUGGCUCUGAAAGGAGGGAAGAAGAUCAUCCAGAAGCUGGAGGGGAAGGUCAAGGAGCUGGAGCUGGAGCUGGACUCGGAGCAGAAGCGUCACGCCGAGACGGUGAAGACGCUGCGGAAGAACGAGCGGCGCCUGAAGGAGCUGCUGUUCCAGUCCGAGGAGGACCAGAAGAACCAGCAGCGGAUGCAGGAGCUGGUGGAGCGGCUGCAGAACAAGAUGAAGGCCUACAAGAGACAAGUGGAGGAGGCGGAAGAGCAGGCCAACAUGAACCUGGCGAAGUACAGGAAGACCGUCCACGAGCUGGACGACGCGGAGGAGCGGGCCGACAUCGCAGAGUCGGCGCUGACUAAGAUCAGGACCAAGAACAGGGGCAGCUUCGGCAAGGGAUACUCCUCUGGUUACAGCACUCCGUACCCGGGCCUGGUCCGGUCGCCCAGCUCUGUGGGCUCCGAGGGGAGAGGGGAGAAGAUCCUGAACGACGACGAGGCGGUCAGCUCCCUCAUUCCAGCUUACCUCAACUCCCUGAAGAAGCUCAUGAUCGAUUAGCCGGACUUUACAGCGCUGCAGCGUCAGCGUGGGAACAUCAGCAAUACAUCACCAGGACUUUAUGUUGGGAGUCACCGUCCUGUCCGGUUUCCUGUUGUCCUCCGCCGCCACUGACAUGUUCCAGCUUUAAUCAUUUCUGCUUUUAAACACAACAGAGCUGAUUUUUCUUAAUGCAAAUGCUAACUUCCUGUUUCCUGUUCUCUGCUAAACUCUUUAAAAAAAACAGGUCAUCUGUCUUUCCAACAAGUUAGUUCUGAUUUAAAAUGCUUUCAGGGAGUUUUGGUUGCUUGAGUUGGUAACUCAGAUGCUGAUAUGGGAAUGGUUUCAAGAUCAACAAGCGAUAAUUCAAUCAAUAAUCAAUGCCCUGUUUCCUAUCAAUGUUAAGUGUGUUUUCAGUGUAUUUUUAUCUAAAAGUGUAACUCUGUCCAAACCUGUACCUAAAGCUUUUUAUCUAAUGAUGAAAGGCCUGACCAAAUCAUUUACUGUUUUAAUGUGAAAGUGGCUUCUUUUAUAAAAUACUUUUCAUUUUU